AUGCCGGUAUAUUCCGCUGAACAGCUGUGGGUCGGAGUCGCUGUAAUUUCGUCACGUUUUGUUCAUAUAAUGAACUCAUUAGGAGAGACAGUGACACUGAUGGAUAGCUCAGGACAAGCUGAUUCAGAAGUAGACAACGAUUUGGAUUAUUUCCUUGAUAGCCUUGCCAGACAAGAACCAAAGAAACCAUUUGAUUACGAUGAAUGGUGUAAGGAGAUCGAUCAACAUCCAGCAUUUAUGACAGUUUUACAACCUGAUAAAAAUGGCGAGUUUUCUGAGGCUGUUCAAGCUUUACAGGCAUUGAAAUACGAAGAGAAUGAGUUAGAGGAUCGGCGGGCGGUUGCGGAAAAACACAAAAUAGAUGGCAAUAAGCAUUUUGAAUAUAAGAAGUACCAUUGGGCUAUCAAUCGAUACACUGAUGGCAUUAAUCAGAGAUGUACAGAUCGAUCACUCAACUCAAUUUUAUAUGCUAAUCGAGCUGCUGCUCAGAAACGUGUUGGUAAUGUUGGCUCUGCUUUCAGAGAUUGUUUUUUUGCUCGGAAAUUCGAUCCUGAAAAUAUGAAGGCAAUUAUUCGUGGCGCUAAAUGUUUGGUGGAACUUGGUCGAGGAAGGCAAUGCAUGGACUGGCUCAAAGCAGGUUGCAGAUUAUUCCUUAUAAUUCAUUUUAAAUGCAUGUAUUUAGAUUAUAAAUCAAAGUAUGCAUGGGUAAAUGAAUUGUUUGAAACAGCGCUGGAACUUGCCGUAAUUGAGGAACGAGAUGAGCGAAGGAGACGACAAGAUGCUGCGAAGGAUCUGAGAGCGAAGCAUCGAUUAUUAUUGGCAUUUAAAGAGAGGAAUAUUAAUUUUCAGCCAAUUAUAUGCUUUGAUAAUCCUGAAUUAUUCGAAUGGUCACAGAUUGAAGUGCAAUUGGCAUUUCUAAAAGAGUCUGAAAAGGUAUAUGUGGAUGAUCGCGGUAUAUUACAUUGGCCUAUACUGGCGCAGUAUCCAGAAACGGGAAAGGUUGAUCUAAUAACUGAUUGCUCCGAAGAAAGUUCAGUAGAUGAUGUCUUCAGUGAAUUGAUGCCUAGGUCGAAAAUUCGGGAGGCAUUAUCUAUCGCGGGAUUUAUUGUUGUGCAGGGAUUGCCGACUAUUCAGGUCUACACUAAAAAACAUGCCGAAACAAAUUUUGUGAAAGUUGAAGACUGCUUCUACAAAACCAGAUGA